AUGGCGGUAGAAUCAGUGCAGGCCUCCACGUCUGGCGCGACUCUCCCACCCGACGAUGAUGUCCAGAUCGCCUUUCUCCGCUCCAUCGCGCUUCGUCGACCCGUAGGCCCACACAAGCACUUCAAGAUGCUCUCCGUCAUCCUCGACACCCAAAAAGCACUCGAUACCCGAUAUCAGCGUCUGUCCGCUCGACUCGAAAAGCUCAGCAGCGCAGCACCACCCAGCAUUGCCACGGACAAGAAGGCCAAACCACCCACAUCCAACACCAACACCUCCAGCAGCACAGCAUCGCGCAUUCGUCGUGGAGCCACCGCCAGCUCCCGCAAAGGGUCGCGCUCACGCUCGGCCAGCGUGGCCAGCUCCGGCCCCGUGGAAGACGAUGCAGAACGCACUGAUGAUGACGCAGAACGCAACGAGGAGGAGGAACGAGAGCGUCAGCAGGAGACCGAGGAGACGCGUCUCGCCAUCUCUCAACUUGGCUUGGACCGUAAAGUGAGCGUCGAAAUGGUCUGGAACGAGCUGCACAGCCUCUUUGACCUCGAGGCACUCGAUGACAUGGAGGAUGGCGCUAUCUUUGACUCGUCCAGCCAAGCAGGUACCAACACCGACGCUGGCGAUUCCAGCAGCUCGGACGCCACUCCGCGCUCUUCGCCCCUCAUCUCCAAAAGCAAGCCCAGCUCUGCAUCAGCUUCCGACGCCAACAAGAUGCGCUCUUUGCCCGCCGAAGUCAUGUCUAGAUGUGUGUUUGAGCAUCCCGGCUCGCCCGACUUCCAUAUGGACGGCGAGCGCAAGCAGAGAUCUUCAAACCAGAACUCUCAGAACUGGAUCUAUGGCGAUGACAUCCGCGGUACGGGGGACGGCAUGUCCAAGCGCGACUUCUACUUGUGGCCAUGGGAGGACUUCGAGCCGCUGAUUGCUGAAAGGCGUAUCGCAAAGAGUGACGAGGAGGAAGCAUUGUCCAGCCGCAAAGGCUCUGUCGCGCCGGAAGACAAGAAGCUUAAGCGAUCGGCUUCUCCAGCUAAGGAUCCUGACGCGGACGAGGACAAGGAUGAAAAGGAUAGCAGCGACGACGACGAAGACGACGCCGACAAAGAAGAACAAGAAGAUGAAGACCUCUCCGAACCAGGCUCAGAUGCAGAUGUCUCGAAGAACUCUACUCGCAAACGACGUUUGGGUCGUCGCGGUCAAGACACCGUCGAUACCAAGGAAAAGUCCAAGCGCAGCAACGCACGCGAUACAGCUGAAGCACAAACCGACGACGACGAGAAACGCACUAAGGACGCGGAAGACGAUGCCGAUUCGGGCGACGACAAGGACGACGCUGAUCGCAUCAGCACGCGCAGGGGCAGUCGGCACGCACCCACUCCUACCAGCCGCGCCGCCCGCCAGACUCCAGCUGGGCGAAGGAGCACCUCUGGCAACGUGACCCCGACCCGGUCCACGCGCCGCAGCCGUCGAGCGGACAACGGCGGCGCAGAAGCAUCCGAAGACGAGACGGCUGGCGAGGAAAAAGCAGAUGCCAGCGAGAACGAGAACGAGAACGAGAAAGAGAACAGCGAAGACCAGGAUGACGAGGCGACGCAAAGCGAGGCGGAAAGUGCCACGCGUCGACGAUCCACCAAAGCACAAGCAUCCACCUCCACCCGUCGGCCGUCCAGAAAGCGCGGCGCGCCGUCGAGCGACGAAGAGGAUCACGACACUCGCCCUUCUGUGCGACGCCGAAGCAGUCGCAGAGCCUCCAAAUCAGAGGGCGCGGACGAGGCAGCAGACGAAGAGAUGGAGGAUGUCAAGGAGGAGCAGAGCGACAAUGUCGAGAGCGCCUCUGAAGGUGGUGAUGCCGACCAAGAUGCGGAGGAAGAGCAACAAGAUGAAACGGACAACGAAAAGGAGAGCGACCAGGAGCAGGACGGAGCUUCCGAUGACGGUUCGGAAGAAGACGGAUCGGACGACGAAGAGGGUGAAGGUGGCAGCGACAGUGAGUCUACGCCCGGUGGACGGUCCAAGACGUCGAGCAAGAAGGGAGCCGGUCGUUCCAGUCGACGCGGUACAGGCGCUGCAAACAAGAGCCGCUCGACGCGUGCUACCGUAGUCUCUCGUUCGAGCGCCGCCAAGGAACCUGCACCUUCGACACCGGCCAAGCAGACCCGUGCGAGCCGCUCCUCGGCAACCCCAGCGGGUCCUUCGAGGAGAGGGAGCGGCGACAAGCAGCAGCACCAGCAGCAAGCAUCGACGCCUACCCCGCGCACACCCGCUUCGGCUCGAGCUACAACGAGGAGCACGGCGUCGUCGGAUGCUCGGAGCACGCGACGCACGCCUCGUCGCUAG